AUGGCAAGCAGUUCCGACUCUCUCACGUCGUCUGGCGGAAGCAGCCUGCGUCCCAGCUUCGCCCUUGAUGCGGCCUCGUCCUCAUCCCGCGAUAAGCUGGAUCCCCCACGAGAAAGCAGCCCGCAGCCCUCGCCGCGCACCCGCCCGACCACACAGUUUAGAAAUGACGCUGGCUACAGCAGUUACAACGUUGACGAGGAGUUGCGCCUCUCACAGGCUGGGCCUAGUGCUGCGCCAUCGGAAUCCACAGCCCUCUUGCAAGAUGUGCUCAACGACCGUCAUUGCUCGCACGCCGGCUCCUGCAACCACGGCACCUUCUCACCACGUCCCGCCAGCCCAGCACUAGCCGACGACAACUCCGACACAGGGAUCGACUCGGCGAGAGAUGGUCCAAGCGGCUCAAUUCCCAUCAUAGACGGCCUGAUAUCGACCAUCACUGGCAGCCGGAACAGCAGCACUUGGCGGCGGAGGCUAGUCCGGAACGUCCGCAGCAAGAAGAUGAGCUCGUCGAGCGCAUUAGCUGAGCGCCAUGGCCUGACCGAUACGGGGUCGAUGUAUCUUGCCUAUUAUGUUCCCUCUGUCGCUUGGAUGAGCCAAUACAAGCUAGGUUACCUCAAGGGCGAUUUUGUCGCCGCGCUGACCAUUGCCGGCAUCUACCUACCCAUGGCACUGUCCCUCGCCAGCAACCUCUCCCAUGUACCGGCCAUCAGCGGCCUGUAUGCGUUUGUCUUCAACCCCAUGAUAUACGCACUACUCGGCAGCUGCCCACAGAUGAUCGUUGGGCCAGAGGCAGCCGGGUCUUUACUUGUAGGCACUGUCAUCCGCGCCAGUGUUGAUUCGGGCAGCGGUAAUGACGCCGAUGAUGUGCUCCAUGCGCGGAUUUGCGGCGUUAUCACUGGCAUUGCCGGCGCAACAGUUCUUCUGGCAGGAAUUGCGCGCCUUGGCUUCCUCGAUAGCGUUCUCUCCCGACCAUUCUUACGCGGCUUCAUUUCUGCCAUUGGCUUUGUCAUCUUUGUCGAUCAGCUGGUCCCCGAGCUCGGUCUCUCUAAGCUGGCAUCCGAAACUGCCAGUGUCGACCACGGAAGUACUGUUGACAAGCUUCGCUUUAUCUAUAGCAACCUUGACCGAGUACAUAGGCUUACGGCUAUCAUCGCCUUUGUGAGCUUUGCCAUCAUCAUGGUUUUCAGAAUAAGAGAAAUCAAACGUCGCAUGCAACCACGUUACCUGGGUGUUGCGUAUAUCCCCGAUCGCCUCAUUGUGGUCAUUCUCUCUGCGUACCUUGCCUGGCGUCUAGAGUGGGACCAGCAAGGCGUGGAGAUUCUCGGCACCGUCAAAGCCGCUUCGGGCCGCGCUUUCACAUUCCGAUGGCCAUUCCAAGCUUCUCACAUGAGCCAUAUCCGGGACUCGAUGAGCACAUCCUUCCUCAUCGCUCUUCUCGGAUUCUUUGAGUCCUCCGUUGCUGCCAAAAGUCUCGGGGGACAGGAAACCUUCCCUGGCAUCCAGCUCAGCCCCAACCGUGAGCUUGUUGCUCUGGGCGUUGCCAACUUUGUCGGCGGGUGUUUCAUGUCUUUACCUGCUUUCGGUGGAUAUGGCCGGAGCAAAGUCAACAAGCAAACCGGAGGCAAGACGCCAAUGAGCUCCGUGUUUCUCAGCUUGAUCUCUCUCGUGUCUAUCCUGUUCCUCCUCCCAUACUUCUAUUAUCUUCCAAAACCAGUACUUUGCUCCAUGAUCAGUGUGGUCGCGUGGUCUUUGAUUGAAGAGGCUCCCUCGGACAUCUCGUUUUUCCUCCGUAUUCAUGCGUGGCCCGAAAUAGGACUCAUGUUUAUUAUUGUGCUUGCCACGAUCUUCUACUCACUCAACCUAGGUAUUGCCAUUGGUAUCGGUCUGUCCCUUUUGCAGGUGAUCCGUCACGCAACUCGCCCACGCAUCCAAAUCCUUGGGCGCAUCCCGGGAACUCAGCGCUUUGAAAACGCCGAAGAUCACCCGGAGCGACUGGAGUUUAUUGAGGGAUGUCUCAUUGUUAAAAUCCCUGAGCCCCUCACGUUUGCCAAUACCGGGGAGCUGAAAACGCGUUUACGGAGGCUGGAACUCUACGGCACGAGCAAGGCACAUCCAGCUCUUCCUCGGCUUCGGAGAGAAGAACACAACCGCAAUGUGAUUUUUGACAUCCACGGUGUUACGAGCAUGGACGGCUCCGGUACGCAGGUCCUAGAAGAAAUCGUCCGUGCCUACCGCGACCGGGGCGUGCGGGUGUUUUUCAGCCGGGGACCUGACAAAGCACACGACGUCUGGCAGCAAAUGGAGCUUUCUGGCAUUGUAGAUCUUAUUGGCGGAGAGACACACUACGUGGACGAUGUGGAAGAGGCCCUGAAGAUGACCGAGGUGGAAGAGGGAAGCGAGCUUGGAAUACGACCUCCCUCGGCGUAA